AUGGAGGAAUUUCAAGAUUCAUUGACCUAUGAGGAUGUCCAUGUUAACUUCACUCAUGAAGAGUGGGCUUUGCUGGAUCCUUCCCAGAAGAGUCUCUACAAAGAUGUGAUGCUGGAAACCUACUGGAACCUCACUUCUAUAGGUUACAAAUGGGAAGACCACAAUAUUGAAGAACAUUGUCAAAGUUCUAGAAGACAUGGAAGGCAUAUCAACUGUCCUUCUGGAUACAAGCCAUGUGAGCAUAAGGGAUUUGGAAAGAAGCAAUAUACCUCUGUUUCUCCCAGAACAAUUCGAAGAUAUGUUGUAGUCACUACUAUGAGAAGACAUGAUGACUGUGAUACAAGUUUACACUCUCACAGUGGAGAACACCUUUAUGAGUACAAGGAAUAUGGAAAUUCAUCUUUGUGUACUAGUUCACUUCACGGUAUAAGACAACAUUAUGCAUGCAAUCAGAGUUCUUCCAGUUCUUUUCAAAGAUAUGAAAAAACUCAUAUGGGAAGAGGAAGUGAUAAACUCGAGUUUUGUAUUGAGGACUUUAACCAUCACAGGUAUCUUCAAACAUACAAAACAACCAAUAAUGAAGAGGAUCUCUAUGAAUGUAAGGAACAUGAUAGAGCCUUUGGAUAUGAUUCCUCUAUAAAAGUAAACCAAAGACCUCAUUUGGAAGGAAAACCCUAUGAAUAUAAUCAAAAUGAUAAUGUUUCUGCAUGUCACAAUCUUCAAGUACAUAGAACUCAUAAUAGAGGAAAACGGUAUGAAUAUCAGCAAUGUGAUAAAGCCUUUGCAAGCCCCAGUUAUUUUGAAAUAUAUACAAGACUUCAUUCUGGAGAGAAACCUUAUGAAUGUACUGAAUGUGAUAAAGCCUUUGCAAGUCCCAGUUAUUUUCAGAUACAUAAAAGAACUCAUACUGGAGAGAAACCCUAUGAAUGUAGUCAAUGUGGUAAAGCCUUUAUACAGAAGAGUCAUCUUUACAGGCAUGAAAGAAUUCAUACUGGGGAAAAACCCUAUGAAUGUAAUCAAUGUGGUAAAGCCUUUGCACACAAGUAUAAGCUUCUCAUUCAUGAAAGAAUUCAUACUGGAGAGAAACCCUAUGAAUGUAGUCAUUGUGGUAAAGCCUUUGCAGAGAAGGGUACUCUUCUGAGUCAUGAAAGAAUCCAUACUGGAGAGAAACCCUAUGAAUGUAAUCAGUGUAGUAAAGCCUUUGCACAGAAGAGUGACCUUCGUACUCAUGAAAGAGUCCAUACUGGAGAGAAACCCUAUGAAUGUAAUCAGUGUGGUAAAGCAUUUGCACAGAAGAGUGGACUUCGCACUCAUGAAAGAAUUCAUACUGGAGAGAAACCCUAUGAAUGUAAGCUGUGUGGUAAAGCCUUUGCACAGAAGAGUAAUCUUCUUAGUCAUGAAAAAAGACAUAAUGCAGUGAAACCCUAUCUAUGUAAUCAAAGUGCUAAAUCUUUUGCAUUGGAGAAGAAUUUUCUCAUUCAAAAAAAUCAUACAGGAGAGAAAGCCUAUGAAUGUAAUCAGUGUGGUAAAGGUUUUGCAAAGAAGAGUCAUCUUCUAAGUCAUGAAAGAAUUCAUACUGGGGAGAAACCCUAUGAAUGUAAUCAAUGUGGUAAAGCUUUUUCAUGUAACAGUAAUCUUCGUACUCAUGAAAGAAUUCAUACUGGAGAGAAACCCUAUGAAUGUAAUCAAUGUGAUAAAGCAUUUGCACGUAAAAGUCAUCUUCAGAGUCAUGAAAGAUGUCAUACUGGAGAGAAACCCUAUGGAUAUAAUCAAUGUGGUAGAGACUUUGCAUGUAACAGCCCCCUGCAAAUAAAAGAAAGAACUCACAGUGGAGACAAACCCUAUGAAUGUAAUCAAUGUGGUAAAGACUUUGUACAGAACAGUCAUCUUCACAAUCCUGAAAAAAAUCAUAUUCAACAAAAACCCAAUGAGUGUAAUCAGUGUGGUAAAGUCUUACCAUGUUGCAUUGUCCUUCAAAAUCAUGAAAAAUAUCACACUGGUGAAAAUCCCCAUGAACCUAAUGAGUGAGUCAAGCCUUGCAGUCCACAUGUUUUUCCCACCGAGCUGUCUCACUGGUGCUUGAGUAAGGUUAGUAGAGCCUCUCCUUAGUUAAAAUAUUGUCUCUUUCAAGUUGUAAACAUAUUGUAUUCCAAGAAUACAGAAACACGUGGUAAUUUGAAUAAUAAAUAUAUUUGCCAAUGAAA